AUGGACAUCUUUCGAAAGUUGUGUGGUCAACAGUUCGCACCAGAUCCGGGUACCCAUGCUAGCCCUAGUGGAGCUCGAAAGACUCUCCCGGGUUGUUAUUUCGACUGCCCUGCUCGCCCCAAGCUAAUCUUCGAGAUGAUCGCCUCAAACUUGGCCGAUGUUCCGUUACUUCCGCCACGAUCAGCCCAGGUAGAUCCUCUCUCGGUCCGUCAGAUGCGAACACAACGUCAUAGAAACCAUAAGGUCCUUCAGCGAGCCCCCACCACCAAUGAACACGACAAGAAAUUGUUUCAAGGCCGCAUGGCAAGGGCUGUCUUGUUCGACCCAAAGAAGGCUCCUGCACCUACUAAAGAAAUCCCCCGUUGGGUUCAGGAAGUCCGUCACUACCAGAUUCAGCCAGGUUUGCUCCUGCCCCGUAUCGUCUUCAUGAGACUCGUCCGCGAGAUCGCCAUGGACAUCAACAGCGACGUUACUCGAUGGCAAAUCUCCGCCCUCCAGGCUGUCCAGGACGUCGCCGAAGACUACUUAGUCUGCGUAUUGGAAGCUGCCACCCUCUGCACGGCGAAUGCGAAGAGAGACACGCUAUUGCCAUCUGACAUCGAAACAGCGAUGGGAUGUGGAAAAAAGCUGGGUCGAUGGCAGCAAGCUGUUGAGGCGCAUAACUUCAAGGCGAGCCGUGCACAUAUGCUCGAAAGGCGUAAGCGCGCUCUCGAGGACCCUGAGCCUACUUUCCGAGCUGGUAAACGUCCUGCAAGGCCUGCCUAG